UCACCCAAACAAAACCCAACAAAUCCAACCACCGCUGCCGCGUCCAGCAGCGCGACGAUGCCGCUCUCCUCCUGCUUCUCCAGCGGCGACCCGUCGUCGUCGUCGUCGUCACCGGGGACGGCCUCGUCGUGCACCUCCGUCUACUCCACGCACCUCGGCGCGAUCACCCUCACCUGGUCCCGCUCCACGCUCGGCCUCGUCCUCACCGCCGACCUCGCCCUCGCCGGCGCCGCCUCGCCCGCGGCGCGCUUCGUGGUCCUCCCGUGGCUUCCCUGGCGGCGGCGCGGGUCGAAGCGGUUCUCCUUCCCCGGCGCCGGCGCCGGCGGCCAACGCCGCCACGCCGUCGCCUUCUCCUGGGACCUCUCGCGGGCCCGCCUGGCCCCGCGCCGGCCGGAGCCCCUGUCGCGGUACUCCGUCCACGUGUCCGUCGACGGCGAGCUCGCCCUAACCGCCGGCGACCUCCCCUCGACGUCUCCCACGGCGUCGGCGGGCGUCCUGCUCUCGCGCCGGGAGAGCGCGGGCGGGUUCGAGUACGCGACCUCCGUGGCCGUGGCGGGCGAGGAGCACGAGGUGUCCGUGGGCGUGGAGGAGUCCGGCGGCGCCAUGUGGGUCGCCGUGGACGGCGCCAAGGCUCUCCAGGUGCGCCGACUCCGGUGGAAGUUCCGCGGCAGCGAGCGUCUCGACGGCCUCCCGACAUCCUGCGGGCACCGCGUGCGCGUCACGUGGGACCUCCACGGCUGGCUCUUCGGCGCCCCGGACGACGCCGCCGCCGCCGUCUUCGUCCUCCGCUUCGAUCCCGUGGAGUUCGAGGACGCGGAGGAGGAAAACGAGGCGGGCGCAGGCGCGCUGAAGCGGCAGGGCUCGUUCAGCUUCAGGGACAGCCAUGGCGCUGUUGCCGACGGCGGCGGCGAGAGCUGGUGCAGCAGCGAGGCCAGCGAGAGGAAGGGGUGGAGGCGAGGGGGCCCGUUCAGGUCGGGGUCGGACUCGUCGCCUACGGUGUCGGUGGCGUCGGCGUCCGCCGCGUCGUCGUCGGCCGUGAGCGCGGCGACGGUGGCCGGGUGGGACGCGGCGGAGGAGGCGGCGUUGCAGGACGGCGGCGGCGGGUUCUCGCUCGUGGUCUACCUUCGGAAGAAGAGGAAGAGGAGUUAAUGCCAUUGUCGAUUGCCUGACGCCGAUGCCAUUCACGCCGUCGGUGCUUUGCGCCGCGUUGCAUACUUGCAUUAGUACAUUUUACGAACAUAAUUUGGCGGUUCUGAAUUCCGUGUGUGCUCGUGACAUUUUUUCCUCGGCCAUGGAUUGAAAAAAUUCGAGAGUUGAGUACGCUCCCGAGUCCGGCCUCCGGGUCUGUUUGCAAUUAUAUUUCUCAUCACUUUUGGUA